AUGUUUAAAUUGCUUAGCGCAGCAAAUUACAAAAGAUGGAAUCAAAAACAUAGAUUUCUAAAAUGUUUGGAAAGAAAUAUUGAGCGGGACUGCAAGCCUUUAGCACACUUGGAACUAGUUUUCAAUGAUGGACAAAACAUGAUGGAUAAAAUAUCUCAGUCCCUACGGCAGCUGGAUCAGAUGUGGAACCGAAAAUGGAGGAUGCUACAACAUAAAGGAAGUUUGUCAAAUAGCAUACAUUUUUGGAAGAAAAACAGGAAAUUUUACAGGAAGUUUUGGAAGAACGUAUCAUGUAUUCGAAGAAGCGCUCGAACCUGUGGUACUGAAUCAAAUGACAAAAAAUAUCGAGGUCGAUUUAACUGUCUUUGGCGAAGUGGGCGUGUCUGUGGUAUCAAUGGGAAAACAUACAAGAAUGCGUGUCAUGCCGCCAGACUAGGUAUUGACGUACAGUACAGAGGAAAAUGUUCCUCUGAGUGGAUGCUGAGUGAAAGAGUUCCCCUUUGUUAUGACUUACCGUGUCUGUGUAAAUUUACCAGAAAACCAGACGCCUGCUGUUUCAAAACCAUAAAGCGGAGGCAAUGCGAAGAAAUUCUUUCGAAAUGGGAGUCCCUGUGCAAUGGCACAUCAGCUUGUCGUUGUCAUUACUGUGACAAGUGUGAAUAUUCCCCAGUUUGCUCAAGGAAAGGACUUACCUACGACAAUAUCUGUAAACUUGGAUGUGUUGAUGAUGAUGAAUUUGCUUGUAAUGGAACCUGUCCGUGUACACCUAUUGCUGGCCCUGAAGUCUGUGGAGCUGACGGUUUGACAUACACUUCUCCUGACCAGGCCCUUGAAAAAGACAUUGGUAUUAUUUGUGACCAUCCUUGUCCCUGCUCCAGCAACUGUGUAUGUAACGAUACACGUGACCCGGUAUGUGGUGAGGAUGACGUCACUUAUGAUAAUGCUUGCAAGGCUAAAUGCUCAGAUGUGACAAUUGCUUGCAAUAAUCCAUGCCCUUGUAAGUUAAAUCCGUGCAAGUGUGAUGACGUGGUAAACCCAGUCUGCGGAAGUGACGCAAAGACGUAUCUGAACAGUUGUCAUGCAACUUGUGCGAAAGUGGAAAUUGCAUGCGAGACUUGUUGUCCAUGUCCGGAAAUCCAGCCAAUAUGUUCCUACUGCCAAUACGAGUAUAACUUUGUGUGCGGAGCAAACAACGUAACCUAUGCCAAUGCCUGCUGUGCUGAAUGUGUUGGGGUCUUGGUGAAAGCUACUCAGCCAUGUGUAUGCCAGACACAGAAUAACUUAUAA